CUGGGAAUGAGAAGCACCAUUUUCAAAGCUGUUCAGAUAAAGAGAAGUGAUUGCAGCGAGGCUCAGACCAUUUUCAACAAACGUGUUAAUCAUCCGCACCCGCCGUCUGGCCUCGGUGGUUGGCAGCAUGGAAGCGAGGGAUGCCGGUCUGAAAACUUAUGCUGAACAGCAAAGGAGCAAGAAGAAGGCCUGUUCCUCACGCUGCUUUCUGAGAAAAGAAGAGAUUCAGGGAAGAGAAGCCGUGUCCCAUGAAAGAGGUGUGGUACAGUUUGAAGACGCACUUCACCCAAGCUGUCUCGGCCAGGAUCAGAGGCAACAACCACUGGAGUCCAGCAAUGGGAAACCAUCAAAGGAAGAACAAUCUAAGGCUCACUUCAGAGAAUCCAGCUCAGCCACAAGCUAUCUUCCCAACGUGUUACUGGAUGAGUUGUUGAUGGAGGUUCUCCGAGAUUUGUCCUCUGAUGUCUUCAGAAGUGCCGUGAAGGAUUUCGUUGAUGACUAUUUAGGAAGGGCUGCCAUUUUUGACAGCAUGGAUGACAUCGUGACAGAGGUGGUUCAGACGAUCUUGUCACCAUUAGUAAAGCUGAUGUUUCCUUCUGUGUUGGCUCAGCCUCGAGAGACUGUGCAAGAGAUGGACUGUGAGGAUAUUCUCGAAGGGAUCAUUUCACAUGUCAUUGUGGAGGACGCCACAGCUUUAGCUCACUCAGUCCUUGGUGAAUAUGAUGCCAAGCUGAUUAAACUGCAGCAACACCAGGUUACAGCAUUUGCGAGUAAACAGCUUAUUGACAUAUUUCUUCUGGAGCACUUGAUAGGAACGAUUAGUAUGCAGGACCCAGGGUUUUCGGGGAAGGAGCACUCAAGCGUGGUUUUGGCAAGCUGGAUGUUUGAUAUUCUCAUCAGGCAGUUUUUAAGCAUUCAGGAGGUGCAGCAAACUACCUUGGAAAACGUUCCCCUGGGAGAUUUCCAUCGGAAAGCUUUUACAGAGGUGGCUUUAGAUGUUAUCUUGACCGAACUGAACAAACUGGCGGAGGAAGACAUGGAAGAUCUACGCCGCUAUGAAAGAGGAGUCAAGGCCGAGGCAUCCUUUCCAAUACAUCCACAUCCCCACCUCAUCUGAUUCCAGAUCCAAGAAUCUCAUCGUGUUUGCGGCAACGACAGCAUUGCCUCCUGUAAAACGUG